AUGAAUCAAGAACAAAUGUUCAUGCAAGAGCAAGCUGAUGAUCAAUUAGGUCAACCUCCUGUCGCAGCCCCUCUACCACAAGUUCCAGAUAGAUACACUAACCUAGUUAUUGGUUAUACUUGUAUUGUUUACCUUUUUCUCACCAACGCUUUCGGUUCCAUUGUGAUUGAAGCUAUUGUUGGUGAACCUCAAAGAGUUAUUUUGGCCAAUGCAGAUGAUGUACCUUUAGAAGACCCAAAUGAUGAUGUAAAUGGAGUUGUCUUGCCAGCACCGGAUAGAGUUUAUAGAGUUACUACAACCUCAACCCCAUUAAUUCAAGUUAUAACAGAAUUUCCAGAACCAGAGAUGGACCAUAAGAUGAAUCAGCUCCUUGGAUUCCUUUAUUAUACGGCUCUAGCAACAUUAUUUGGAAUAAAUAUCCAUAAUCAUUUUACACAUAAUAAUAGUGAAUUUUCUGCAUUCGUAUGUGGUUAUAGUAUUAUAAUCUUUUUUGCUCAUGUUGUUCUGAAUGGGAUGCUGACCACUUACUGCUUUACUGGUGCUGAUGGUCGUGACCAUUCUUUAGCUGAAUGCUUUAAAGCUGAUCAGGGUCAAGCGUUCUUGCAAGAACAAGACAAUCGUUAUCAAGAGGAGCAAGUCGAUCCAGUUGUACCUUUAGUUCAAGUUGCAGAAAAGACUGAAACUACGAUUGGAUUACUCGCAAGAGUACGUUGGGAGAGAGUAGUGUUUAUCACUAUACUUCUAGUCUUAUUUGGUUGGACGGUUUACUAUGGUAUAGUUGGUGGUGAAGAUAUCUAUGCUUUAGCAGUUUUAGCUUCUACUGGUUUGAUUUAUUUUAUCAUUUCCAUUUCUUUUGGUUCACUUGCUUUUGUGGUUUUUACAAAGGACAAUGGUGUUAAAGGUGCUAUAGGAUUUUCUGGUUUGGCAUCUUUGGCUAUUGUUACAGAUGAUCUCAAUAAUCAAGAUCAAUUACCCUUGCAAGGGCAACAAGUUGAUCAACCAGUCGUUUUAGCAGCAGUUGAUAUACCAGGUGUCCCUUUAGCUCAAGCCCAAUACGAAAGAGAUAGUAUAAUAAAACUACUCAAAAAAAUGAAUUGGGAGAAUGCUAUACACAUUCUUUUACUUGCUGGCUUAUUUGGUUGGGCCUUUUACUAUGGUGUCACAGGUGUUAAAGAUAGCUAUACUAAAGUUGUCUAUUAUUAUACCUUUAUAGUUUACCUUGCUCAUGCAUUUACUUUUCAAACUGCUUUCGUUCAAUCUUUUUUAGUUCAACCUCCAAUAAUACAUAGUACUUCGUUAGUUGAAAUUGGUUCAACCCUUGAAACUGGCUCAACCCUUGAAACAGGUUCAACUCUUGAAACUCAAGCAAUUGAACAAAAGGAAGCAAAGUGGAACUUGUUUUGUCCAUAUUGUUUAUUAAGUUUGAUUCUUGAUGCAACGUUAAUUUGUUUAGUUAACUACUUUUAUAUUACUGGUAAUACUGGUCAAUUCUCUAAAUUUGUUUGCAGAGUAGGCAUUGUUGUUUAUGCCUUAAGUUUUACUUACAGUGGAGCUGAAGCAUUUAUAUUUUUAAGUGGAAUGGAUGGUAUUCAUCAUCCCUUGCUUCAAUCUAUGGAAUCUUUAUUUUCUGGAAUUGAAUCCAGUAUGCCUUUACAAGAAAGCUCUUAUGAAGUCGUAUCUGCCGAUCAGAACUCUCGAGUUGGUACCAUGACUGCAAUAGUUCAAAUUCCACCUCAAACAGAAAUCGCUCCUAGAAUGAUGGGAAGAUUUCGUUGGCAGAGUGUUAUAUUUCAUACCUCUGUUUUUUGCUUACAAGCUUGGUCAUGUUAUUAUGUUUUUACUGGUGUUAGAGAUACUUAUUCGAAACUGGUCUUCUAUUACACCUCUUUGGUUUUCUAUCUUCAUUCAAUAGCUAUGGCUGCCAUUGUUUCUGAUGGUUUAAGAAGAGAACCACGUAUGAGACCUAUUUUUGGGUAUCCCAAUACCUUUCUUUUGGUUGUUUCAGGUGCUUCUGUUUCUUUCUUAGCUUAUCUAGAGUAUGCAAAAAUCUUAUAUCCAUAUAAUAAAAUGGAUGAUCUUUCACCACAAGGAGCUCAUUCAGAAGAGUCAAAUCCAACUCCUGAAGGUUCAGUCAAAAAUGGGAAAAAAGUUGAGGGUUUCUGUUUCUGUCCAGCUUGUCUAGUUCAUCAUACAAUUUUGGUGGGUCUACUUGGUCUGGUCAUUUGUCUUCAUAUAAUACAUCCUACUGGUGAUUAUGCUAAAUUGAUUUGUAAUUAUUGUACAGCUAUUUACUAUUUAAAAUAUAUUUUUGAUGGAUUGGAAGCUUUUAUCAUUUUAAGUGGUCUUGAUGAAUUCUUUACCCCUAGAGAAUACAAAGAAGCGAUUAUGUCUUUACAAGAAAGCUCUUAUGAGCUUGUAUCAAUGGAUCAGCACUCUCUGCUUGCUGCAAAAGUUCAAACUCAAACUCAAACAGAAGUCACUCCUAGAAAACUGAAAAGAGUUCGUUGGGAGUCUGUUAUAUUCUACAUUAUUCUUGCUGUGUUAUGUUGUUGGGUCCUUUACUAUUUUUUCACAGGUGUUAGAGAUAGAUAUACUAAACGUGUUUGCUACUUUGGUUUUUGGAUUUACUUUGCUUUAACAGAAGCUAUACUUUUUAUGGUUUUUAUUAAACAAAAUCAAAAUCAAAACUCAGUAUCAUCGUAUGCUGUCAAAUUGUUGAUGGCAGCAGCUUCAUGUUGUAUGUCAGUGUUUUCAACUGGAAUUUACAAUGAAUUUGCAGCAAUAAUUACUGUCAUAACUGCUGGAACAUUCGGAAUUCUUACAUUCAUGGGUUUGAUUGAUAUCUAUUACAUUUUGAAAAAUUAUGGUGAGUUUAAUCCUUGGAGAGGUAUCCUUAAUGUUAUCUUUGUCUACGUUUUGUAUAGAAUAACACAUUAUUCUUGGACAGCUUACUUAUUUGCUGAAUCAACUAGUCAAAUUUGA